AUGCGCUUUUGUCUGCCGGUGUUGGCUGCCGCGGCCGUGCUGGGCUACGUGAGUGAAGCGAAGAUCGUGGCUUGGAAGCUGCCUGAGCCACGCCUGUCCCUCGUCAGCGGUAGAGUCAGCGUUACUCUGGACGGACCGAAGGCUAUGAAACGCGCAACCUUCCUCAUGGCCGUAAACAGGCGGGUGACCUUCAGGAGACCUCAGCACAAAGUCCGUCUUUUGUGUCAGCUGAAUGAGGACGGAGGCAAAAGCUGCUCGGGCACAGGAGGACCAACCGUGUCACUUGAUGACGUCAUCUACUACGGCAUGAAAGUCAAACUCUCUCGCAGAAAGUCAACUCGUUUCAAGAACAGAAAAUGGUCGCCGCCUGUAACGACCGCAACGACAACUGCAACGAAUGAAACGACCGAAUCGACGACCGUUCUCCCCCCCGGCUGGGUGUCUUCCAUAACAAUAAGUUUUGGAAAGACGUACGACCUGCCUGAUCCUGGAACUGGGCGCGGGUUCGGUGCCAUGGCCGUUGUAUCGAAUGGAUAAAGGGAUAACGAAUAUAUCUCCCUUAUUGGGCUUAUAAUAGGUGUGGCAAGGAUAUAAGGGGCAUUUUCCCAGCAUUUUCAUUUUUGAUGUCGGGGUCUUGUGUUUUAUUAAAUUGGAUGUUUGGUUGA